AUGAGCUUUGAUUAAAUUUCCAAAAUAUAACAAUUAAGAAAAAAAUUAAAAGAGAAAAUAAAGGGAAAAGAAGAAGAAAAUAAAAUUCAAGGAAAAGAAUCUGAAAUACAAUAAACAUUAAAUGAUAAUGUAAUUUAAUUGUUAAAUAUUUAUAGGAAUAAUAAAAAGAACGAGAUCGUUAAAAAUAGUAAAAUCCUGAUUAAUAAAAUAAAUUAGAAUUGCAUUAAAAAUAAGAAAUAUAAAAAGUAGUUGAAUAGCCUACAUAAACUUUUACAAUUAUUUAAAAAGACACAUCAAUUUAAUAAUAAAAUAUUUAGAAGUCUCUAAAAUAAGAAAAUAAAACUAUUUAAAUUAUUAAUAAGUAAAUUAAUAAUCAAUAGAAAAUAACCACUUCUGAUUCAAAAGGAAAAAAUAAAUUAUUUGAAGAAAACAAUAGAAAUUAAAUUGACUAAAAGAAAAAAAAUAAUUAAUUAGAAUAAAAAUAAAAAGACUAAUAUAUAUUAGAAGAUAAAAAGACACCAUUAUUGCUUAUUAAGGAAAAAUAAGACAAAUAAGAAAACAAGGAAUAAGAAGAUAAAGAAAAAUUAAAAUAAAGAUAAGAAAUUGAAAAGUUUGAUAGAGAAAAAUUAGAAAAAGACAGAUUAGAAGGAGAAAAAUUAGAAAAAGAAAGAUUAGAAAAAGAAAAAUAAAGCUAAGAUAAAGAAAGAUAAGAUAGAUUAGAUAAAGAAAAAUAAGAAAGAUUAGAUAAAGAGAAAUAAAUUAGAUUAGAUAAAGAAAAAUAAGAAAGAUUAGAUAAAGAAAGAUAAGAAAGAUUAGAUAAAGAAAAAUAAGAAAGAUUAGAUAAAGAAAAAUAAGAAAGAUUAGAUAAAGAAAAAUAAGAAAGAUUAGAUAAAGAAAAAUAAGAAAGAUUAGAUAAAGAAAAAUAAGAAAGAUUAGAUAAAGAAAAAUAAGAAAGAUUAGAUAAAGAAAAAUAAGAAAGAUUAGAUAAAGAAAAAUAAGAAAGAUUAGAUAAAGAAAAAUAAGAAAGAUUAGAUAAAGAAAAAUAAGAAAGAUUAGAUAAAGAAAAAUAAGAAAGAUUAGAUAAAGAAAAAUAAGAAAGAUUAGAUAAAGAAAAAUAAGAAAGAUUAGAUAAAGAAAAAUAAGAAAGAUUAGAUAAAGAAAAAUAAGAAAGAUUAGAUAAAGAAAAAUAAGAAAGAUUAGAUAAAGAAAAAUAAGAAAGAUUAGAUAAAGAAAAAUAAGAAAGAUUAGAUAAAGAAAAAUAAGAAAGAUUAGAUAAAGAAAAAUAAGAAAGAUUAGAUAAAGAAAAAUAAGAAAGAUUAGAUAAAGAAAAAUAAGAAAGAUUAGAUAAAGAAAAAUAAGAAAGAUUAGAUAAAGAAAAAUAAGAAAGAUUAGAUAAAGAAAAAUAAGAAAGAUUAGAUAAAGAAAAAUAAGAAAGAUUAGAUAAAGAAAAAUAAGAAAGAUUAGAUAAAGAAAAAUAAGAAAGAUUAGAUAAAGAAAAAUAAGAAAGAUUAGAUAAAGAAAAAUAAGAAAGAUUAGAUAAAGAAAAAUAAGAAAGAUUAGAUAAAGAAAAAUAAGAAAGAUUAGAUAAAGAAAAAUAAGAAAGAUUAGAUAAAGAAAAAUAAGAAAGAUUAGAUAAAGAAAAAUAAGAAAGAUUAGAUAAAGAAAAAUAAGAAAGAUUAGAGAAAGAAAGACUAGAAAGAUUAGAGAAAGAAAGACUAGAAAGAUUAGAUAAAGAAAAAUAAGAAAGAUUAGAUAAAGAAAAAUAAGAAAGAUUAGAAAAAGAAAGAUAAGAAAGAUUAGAUAAAGAAAAAUAAGAAAAAUUAGAUAAAGAAAAAUAAGAAAGGAUAGAUAAAGAAAAAUAAGAAAAAUUAGAUAAAGAAAAAUAAAUUAGAUUAGAAAAAGAAAGAUAAGAAAGAUUAGAUAAAGAAAAAUAAAUUAGAUUAGAUAAAGAAAGAUAAGAAAGAUUAGAUAAAGAAAAAUAAGAAAGGAUAGAUAAAGAAAAAUAAGAUAGAUUAGAUAAAGAAAGAUAAUAAUUACUUGAAAAAGAAAAAUUAGAAAGACAAAUAUAAGAGAAAGAAAGAUAAGAAUAAACAGAAUAAAAAAUUAUUUAGUAAAAUUAAAAAACUAAUGAUAACUUAAUUUCAAAUAUGCAUACUUUGAAUAAAGAUUAAUAAUAAUAAAAUAAUUUUUAAUUUGUAAAUUAAAAUGAACGACAAGAAUAAAAUUAAUAAAAUAUAGAAAUAGAAUAAUAAUUAAAUUAAUAGCAAAAUAAUAGUAGCUAUGAAGAAGGUGAGAUUAUAUAGUAAUAAAAAUAAACUAUCUAAAAUGUUGUUAGCAAUUAAAAUCAAACAUAAGUAUUUUAAAAAAAUGAGGAAUAGAAUUAGCUAAUUCCUGAUAAUGGGAUAAAGAAAAUAAGAUAAAGACACUGUAAAUUAAUGAAACAAGAUUCAAGAGAUAAAAUCUUUAGAGAUAGCUAAAAAAAUCAAAAAAAAAAAUUUUAAAUAUAAAAAAAAAUAAUCUUUAAAUUUAUUUAAAAUUUACCAGAGAUAUAAGAAGCAUAAGAAAACAAAAUAUAAAGAUUUCUAUCAGUUUGUAAUUAUUUUGAUACGAUUAUUUGA